UCAAGGUUACUUAAAAUAUUUUUUUCAAAUAAUAAAAAGUCCGCAUAUGAUUGAUAUAAAACAAUCAAUCUGCAGAUGCCUUGCUCGUAUUUUAACGAACCUUGCUCAUUAUAAUUUGUCGAUACAAUGGCAAGGUGACUUAAGAAGUUUUUGUAAAUUUAUAUACGAUGGACUGAUGUCUCAUGUAGACUCUAGAAAACUGAUCAGUGAUUCAACAAGCACCGAUGCAUCACUUUUUUGCUAUUACUUUCAUUACCAUGCUACCGAGGAUUCACAAGUUAUUGAAAUUAUCGGGAAGAUGUUGUCAAAAAAAAUUUUAGAUUUUUCUAUUGAAAAUUUACCGCCGUCGUCUAUUCUACAAAUUACUUGGUUCUUUAUUUCUGAAUGGAUGUUGAAGAGUACCUCAGUAGACUCAGAUAAAUUUUUGCCAGAUGCCUUAACUCAUCUUAUUGAAAUCCUUUUAAAAGUAGGAAUAGAAAAAUGCUACAUGUGUCAUCCGGCUUUAGUUGUCACCGUUCUUAAAAAUCCAAUAUUUCCCCGUGAAAUUCGGCAUCAAGUUGUUAAAUUAUGGUUGAAAACUGACGGUGACGUAUAUACGUUAGUCGAUGCGGAUCACAGAGAUGUUGUUGUUGAUUCUCUCAUCCAUGCAUUAAAAACUGGAUGCAGAAAUGUAGUGAGAAGAGCUUCAAAGGAUUUGAUUGAAAUUGCAAAAGAUACUAAUCCAAUGAAUUUUGAUUUUAUGCCAAAUAUUUGGGAACAAAUUUUUGAUAGUUUAAUUACUUACAAAGACGAAAAUGAACACAACUUUGAGGGAUUUUUAAAGCUUGCAGAAAAAUUAAUGACAAAUGAUUUAUCUAUCAUUUUUGCAAUGCGUUCUGUAGUAAAAUUUACAACAUUCUUUAGUUGUAAUAACAAAGUUAAUUCGAAUAUUAAAAUUUUGUUAAUUAAUUUAACAAAUAAAAUGUUUUCAAUUCUUGCAAAUGCUGAUGAAAGUAUAGUUAUUUCAUCCACAAUUUUUGAAAAAAAUAUUUUAAACGAGAUUCGUGAUCAAGCAUUUAAAAGUGCAAAUAAUGAUUUAGCCGCCGCGUGCUUAAAAUGUUUAGCGAAUAUUAUUAUAAUUCUAAUUCCAGUUUCUAAAAAGUUAUCACAACCUUUGAUUAUAACUUCGAGCGAGCUUAUAGACACUUUGUCAAAAGACUUGAAAGUUUCUAUGAAGGUCUUGGGGCUUUUAAACAAUCUUUGUUUCAAUUACGAAAAUUACAGCGACUGUGUUAUUAUUGGUUUCGGCGAGAAUAAUGUCAAAAGCGAUAUAUAUGAAAUUUAUGACUUGUUAAUUGAAAUCCACAAUAAGGUAAUGUCAAUUGAAUGGAAGACAACUUUUGAUUGCCUGACGAAUUUUUUGAUAUUUGUAAAGAAAAAUUACCCUGUUGCUAUUCGAGAUUGCUGCGAAAAUAUAAGCAUUCAUUUAACAAUUAUCAAGACGAUCGAUAGCAGGUAUGUUGGGACAGAAUUUAUUAAAUUUGUAAAUUUAUGGCUGGAACAAGGCAUUAAGUUUCAUUGUUCGUUCAUCGACGGUACUUUUGAAUUAAACCGUAUGAAAAUAAUUUCCCAAGAUAAUUUUUGCUUUGAAAGUACUUUCGAAAAAGCGUUAAAGCACUUGAAAAUUUACAUUAAAAAUCUUGAUGCGUCUCAUUCAAUUUCAACCGCUCUUCUCGAAAAUCUUAACUUAAAAUUAAAUAUUUUAUAA